CGCUGCCGGCUGCAGUGCCACGCCGCCGCAAGGGAUUCUCUUUCUCGGAUCUGGGAGCAAAAACCACUGCUGAUCACAAGCAAGAUUUUUAAUUGGUGGAAGCUGUUAGCAGUAGUUGGAUUUCGAUGAGUCUACUGGUCUCUAGUAUAUUGCAGUAGGGGGUUUGCAGUUCUGUGGGACUCAUGGGCUCUUCUCCCUCCAAAGCCACUGGAGAGGAUGCCCUGGUUCUGUGCAAGGAUCGGAUGCGCCAUAUCAGGCGAGCCAUUGACUCAAGAGAUGCACUGUCAGCAGCGCACUUAUCAUAUACUCAAUCCCUCCGUGCUGUUGGGACAGCACUGCGACGGUAUGCUGAGUCUGAGAUCUCACCAGAAUCAUCACUCUCUAUUUCGGAAGUGGAUAAGUCACCGUCGCAUUCUUCUAUGGCAUCUCCCUCGCCUUCGCAUGCAGUAGGGAAUGUUGCCUCUCCGGUGCAUCGAGCAAGUCCAUUGACUACUCCGCCCUCAACAAGAAUCCAUUGCAUGAAAGCGUCAGGAACCACACCUUUGACGUUCAUGAUUGAUCCAUCUGCUGCUGAAUUUGUUGGGCAAGAAUCCCCAGUUUCAGCUUUUGUGCCGCCCCCGCCACCAUUACCUCCAGAAUUAUGUACUUCAUGGGACUUCUUUGAUCCCAUUGAUGCUGCUGGUAGCUCAUCCUCCAACAAUGAGAAUGGGCUAACCUUGAACUUCAGUAGAUUGAAGGGUUUGAGAGAGUCAAGGGAAGCUGAAGUAGUGCCGCUGAAAGAAGAAGAAGAAGAAGCAGUCGUGUCUGAAAGAAGGCAUACAGAACUUCCUGAUGGUAAUGCAGUGCCUAAGCAGGAAAGAGAGCCAAAACAAAGUGGGAUCAGUAAACAAAGGCAACCUGUGGAUGCUUCAUCCCAAGCUACUUCCUCUCAGCAGAUUGCUGCAAAGGUGGAGGAAAGCGAAAUGGAAAAAGAAUUGUGUGCAGAGACAGAAGAUCCUUCAGAGUUCAUCACUCAUCGAGCAAAAGAUUUUGUGGCAAGCAUGAAGGACAUUGAAACUCGGUUUAUACGUGCAGCUGAAGCAGGGAAUGAGGUUUCCAGAAUGCUUGAGACCAAGAAGAUCAGACUGGACAUAUGUCCUAAAAUACCAGGUUCUCCAGGCAAGCUACCAACUGCCCCAUUUUUGUCAGCACUUCGAGUCUGCUGCAAUCGUGAUAUCAUUCUCAACCAGGAAACUGCACAGCAUGUCUCAAAGGUUGUCACAUGGAAGCGUUCUGUCUCAUCUCUAUCGUCAUCAUCUAAGAGUGCACUCAUGACAUCGAUAAUUAAAGACGACGUGGAUGACAGUAAUAGUGAUUUUGUUGAGGAAUUUGCCAUGGUAUCUGGAAGCCACUCUUCUACAUUGGACAGGCUACAUGCAUGGGAGAGAAAACUAUAUGAUGAAAUCAAGGCAAGUGAAAAUGUGAGAAAGACCUAUGAUGAGAAAUGUAACCUCCUCCGGCGCCAAUUUGCACGAGACCUAAACGCGCAGCUGAUUGAUAAGACUAGAGCUGUUGUAAAGGAUCUCCAUUCCAGGGUAUCUGUUGCAAUUCAAGCUGUUGAUGCAAUCUCCAAAAGAAUUGAGAAGAUAAGGGAUGAAGAACUGGAGCCACAGCUCGUUGAGCUGAUUCAAGGGCUAAUCAGAAUGUGGAAAUCUAUGUUGGAAUGUCACCACAAACAGUUCAUCACAAUCACACUGGCAUACCAUGUGAAAAGCUCAACCUCGGCGCAGCAAGGCGAGCACCACCGCCAGGCGGCGAUGAAUCUGUGGAACGAGAUGGACAGCUUUUCCUCCAGCUUCAGGAACUGGGUCACUGCUCAUCAGUCGUAUGUCGAGGCCCUCAACGCAUGGCUCCAGAAAUGCGUCCUGCAGCCACCCCAAGACCGACGCAGGCGAAAGCGCAAGGUCUCAUUCCCUCCCCGCCAGGCCGUCUCCCCACCAAUAUUCGUCCUAUGCAGAGACUGGCUCACCCUGACGGAGUCACUCCCCGCCGAAGAGCUAUGCAAGUCCAUCAAAGAUGUGAUGCAGCUCCUCCGUGACUCAUUUGACCACCAGGAUGACCAGAACAAGCCCAAAAGUGAGUCACAGGAGUGCGGGAUGCUGGAGAACAAUGAGCAGGAGGAGGCAAAGAGCGGAAGUGUACCGGCAGCUGAAGGGCUGCAGUCGAGACUGACGAUGGUUCUGGAUCGCCUGACGAAGUUCUCGGAGGCAUCACUGAAGUGCUACGAGGAGCUCAAGCAGAACUACGAGAUAGCUCACGAUGAUUACAAGAGAGUUGGACCAAAUGCUCAACUUGCUUAGCCCUAUGUGGAUGGUGGCAUGUCUUUUUCAUAUCUGUUCUGGAUGACAAAUUCUAGUGUUUUGGUAUAUAAUUUGUGGAUGAUCAGAUUAUAGUACAAUCUUUGGCCUAAUAUUUAGUGACAAUCUUUAUGCCUCAAUCCUUGGAA